AUUACGACAGUAGCACUUUACGGCAGCUAUUUCUUGCUCUGCAGAGCUGCCGCUGCCAGAAACUUGAAGCUGCAGAUGUGCAACCCUGGUUUAAGCCACAAAGCGAAAGCUGAUGGAAAACACAGAACGGCAUGAAAGAGACUGACUCUGUGGCUGAGAAAGCUGAGCAAUGGCGGUCAGUGAGGAAAAUGAAGAAGAUGUUCCAAUGAGUCGUAGUUUCUCAGUAGAAGACCUCCUUGAUGAAGUGGAGAAGAUCUGCUACGAUGCGUCAGGGACAUCAAAGGUGGAGAUGGUGGUGAGGCUGUGGAAGGAUGGCUUUACCAUUAACGACGGAGACUUCCGCAGCUACUCUGUGCCAGAAAAUCAAGAUUUCCUGGAUGCCAUCAAAAGAGGGGAGCUUCCAGCGGAGUGGGAGAGCAGAGCAGAGGAAGAGGAGCUGGAGAUCAGUGUGGAGGAUAUGACUGAGGAAAACUACGUCCCCAAGAAGAAGGCUUUUCACCCAUUCAGCGGGAGAGGAUACCGACUGGGCAGCGUUGCACCCAGAGUUGUGGCCCGGUCACCAUCUGUGCAUGAGGACGGAGAAUCUCCUCCUAUUCCCAUGGUAACACUAGACCACUCCCUUCCCGUCACCUCUCUGCAGAUCUGGUUGGCCGACGGCAGAAGACUGAUACAGAGGUUUAACCUAUCGCAUAGGAUCUCCGACGUCCAGGAUUUCGUUGCCCGCUGCCAGAGGAGCUGUCCACCUUUCGUCCUGACGACAUCACUUCCUUCCCGUGAGCUCAGCGACAAAGAAUUGAGUCUCGAGGAGGCGGAUUUGGCUCACGCCGUCAUCGUCCAGAGACCCCUGAACACACAGGCUCUGUUUGGACACUCCUGACCGAGACGGUCCCAUACCUCACACAGCAUGCUACCUUCCCCCUUCUCUUCAUAGACACGUCAUCGUCUUUUUUAUAUAUAUAUAUAUAUAUAUAUAUAUAUAUAUAUAUAUAUUGCACCCUUAAGGCGCAAUGCACCUCUUAGUAUUUUAAUCUUCACUGUGCACUUUGAACUGCACUUUGUUGUCAACAAGCUAAAAGUAAUAUUCUCACCAGAUUAGUCAGAAAGUGCUAAUCAGGGGUUUUUCUGUUGACAGCGUCUAUUUUGUCUUGAUCUUUUGGAGAGGAAAGUUUUUGUUUCCAAAAACAGGCUUACGGAAACCCAGCAUAUUGCUACACAGUGGCGUUACAUACAGCUCUGGAAAAAAUUAAAGAGACCACAGCACUGAACCUUCUGGUUAUUCCACCAAAUAUAGAUUUCGGAACUCUUCCUGAGGUUAUUGUUUCUAAAUGAAUAUGAACUUGUUUUAUUUGCAUUAUUUGAGGUCUGCAAGCACUUCGUCUUUUACGUUAUUUUGACCAUUUCUCAUUUUCUGCAAAUAAAUAUUAAGAAAACAAUAUUCAUUUUACUCAAACAUAUACCUAUAAAAAGUAAAAUCAGAAAAACUGAUAAUUUUAAGUGGUCUGUUUUUUUUCCCCCCAAUCAUAUCGCUAAAUCUGAUUGAUUUUGGUCUCUUUUCUUUUUUAAAACUCUGCUUUUUGGGGGGGGGGGGUGGACUGUACAGCUUUAAUAGUUUCUAAAAACAAGUUUAUGGGGCAAAGGUUUUGGUUGGCUGGUGUUAUGCAUCCCGAAUGGCCUCCGAACGACCUCAGUCCUAUUAGAAAAACGAUAAACAAAGGCUUAAAAUCAGGGUCCAUGCCAGCAAACCAAUCAGAGUGAAUGAGCUCUGUUAGUUCUGACCAGAAGAGUGGUCAAACAUCCGGACAGAAUUGUCCAAAAAGCCUGAUGAUUUCUUAAGCGAUAUUUAUGAAAAUAUGAGUGUGUAUGUGUGUAUUUAUAUAUGCACAUGAUGAAGAAUGCACGUAUAACUUCAUAACCGUGUAAAAAUACAUUUGUGGAGCGUUCUUGUUUUCAGAAAUUAUUAAAGUUGUAUUAGGUGUACUCACUUUUAUCAUUAAAUGUUCCAAAAAUAUGAAAUUCAUUCAUUCAUACACAAUGAGCGGGUGAUUCAGAAAUGCCCUUCCCCUCAUACAACUACUAUCAAAGUCUUCCCAAUGUAAGAACACAUCUCUUAUGCACUGCAGUUUUAAAAAGGCGCUGAUAGGUGGGACAUCCGUUACAUAUUCAUGGAGGUGUGAUGUUUUGUUUGCACAUUAUUGAUAUUUUUGGCCUUGUCGUUUGGCUCUUUCAGGUGUUUACAUAAUUUUAUUGUUUUCUUUAAAUGUCAGUAUUUUCCUUCUCCUUUUAUUGAGGCUGGUGGGAAUAUGAAAUCUGCUGUUUUACUUGAUUGAAUGAAUGACGAGCAUAUCUUGAGAAUUCAUGUUUUGUUUCAGUACACCCUGCACAGCUGAGCUGCUUGUAUUUCUGCUUAAUUUUUUUUUUAUGCCAGCUGAAGGCUUGAACUCAAUUAUAAUUUUACGUGGUUUAUUUUUUUUUCAUGGACAGUCUUCAUUUUUAAUCUCAGAAACUCUCACACAAGACUAGGUCUGCUCAGAUUUGUCAUGAGAUUGUCAAGAAUGCCAAGGUAUAGAAUGACUGCUAUACUGUAUUUCUAGUUAGAGGUGUGCCAAACUAUCCAUGCCUUAUGUAAAUGUGCUAUACAGUGAUGUCUAAACAAGCCUGUACUAUUAAAAAAAGGUACUUAAAACUGUCAA